AUGUUUUUUACUACACAGCGUAAGAGGUUAAGACCAAAUGCUGAACCCACAUUAUUUGGUGAUAUACCGUUCAAGUGGGUAAAAUUCCGGUCUGGCUAUUUAUACCAACCUAAGCAUCCAUAUUAUGACGACGAUGAUGUUUGUAUCGGUGUAAUGGAUGUAAUUUGUCAAUAUUGCAAUGCAAUGAAAUUCAAAGGAGAAUCUGCUGAUAUGUGUUGUUCAAAUGGAACUGUUCGUAUUCCUAAUAUCGAUAAACCACCAGAACCAAUGAAAACUCUUUUGGAAAGUUCAACAAGUAUUUCAGAACACUUUUUAGAAAAUAUUAAUAAAUAUAACAAUGCAUUUCAUAUGACCUCAUUUGGAGUAGCAGAAACUAUUGUCGAAAAUUAUAUGCCUACAUUUAAAAUAAGAGGUUAA